GUUGCAGACGCUACUAUGAUGCCAUCCUGAACUUUCCUGGGAAGAGGACCUCAUCAGUGUGUCCCAAACCUCAGCUCUCCAGAGCCCUACCCCACUAGGAAUUCUAUGUCUACUCUAUCACGCACGGCAAGACACGGACCAUCAGGACAAAAGAAUCAACAAGGAAAUACAGCCUUAAAAUGAAGCCAUGGCGUGACGGUAAUUUACUUGUAAUUGUAGUCAAAGAUGUUGAAGAAAUCACAGAAGUGCGUCAACAGGUGGAGACACCGAAACCUUUAAUAGUCAAGAAAGUUUCACAGAAAGAUAAAAAAGCAAUAAAGGCAUCUAUAAAGCUCCAGGCCUGGUGGCGUGGCACUCUGGUACGUCGGACACUGCUGCACGCAGCCCUCAGGGCCUGGGUCAUCCAGUGCUGGUGGAGGCUGACAACGGACAGGCUGCUGCAGAAGAAGCGGAGGGAAGCCCUGGUCGCCUACGCGCAUGCAGAAAGGGCAGUGGUCAAGCUCCAGUCUCUGAUCCGCAUGUGGCGCGUCUGCUGGCGAUACAACCAGGUGCUUAAUGCCAUCUACUUCAUCCAGUGCCACUGGCAGUGCCACAACUGCCAGACCUGUGCUUUCCUCCGGGGUCAUUGUGUAGUCACAGACACUCACCUGCAGUUCCACAUUGAGAUCGUUAAUCCCUAAGUGCCGGCAAAAACCGGCACCAUGUCUUGUGUUCAGUAAAACUCAAACCUUG